CUUCCAAACACGGCUUUAGCAACCACUGGCAUUUUAUCAGACACCAUCAAGCGGAAACAGCCGAGCUGCGCGGGGCGGACGAUUCCGGGGGAAUUGGCCAUUUUCUAGAUUGCUCUCGAAUCGUUAGACAAAACAAAGUGGUGAGAACCCAGAAGAAAGCAAAACCCUGAUCUCUGUUUGCUGCUGUUAUUCUACCGAGGAAGAAGAAAUACAAUAGUCAAUAGUGCAGUGGGAGAUGGGCAUAAUAAGAAGCAGCUUCUCCUUCAUUGCGGGAACAGUCUGCGGAAUUUACAUAGCCCAGAAUUACAAGGUUCCCAAUAUCAAGAAGGUCGUGUACGAGGCCCUUUUUACUGCCAAGCAAGUGGAAGAAAAAUACCGCAAGCCUAAGAAGCCUGGCGAUGACGCCGUAUGACACUCCCCCUCGGCGGGGCUGAACUUGAUUGACUUGAUUACAG